AUGGACGCUGAGAACCAGAACGCGAGCGGCAGCAGCUCCUCCACCCCGGACGUGUCGCCUCCAGAAAAGCACGCAGACGGCCUGAGCCUCCACUCCCCCACGAGCGGCACCGUUAUCCCCAACCGGAUCUUUGUUGGUGGGAUUGACUACAGCGUGAACGACAGCGACCUGCGGCACGUCUUCUCACAACACGGUGCGGUCCAAGAGGUGAAGAUUGUCACCGAUCGCUCAGGAAUGUCAAAAGGUUAUGGCUUUGUCACCUUUGAAACCCAAGAAGACGCCCUGAAGAUCCUGAGUAAUGCCAAUGGAAUCUGCUGCAAAGACAAGAAGCUGCUCAUUGGUCAGGCCAUCAGGAAGCAUCAGAGCUCAGCAAGAACUAAGAGCGCCCCCCCGGCCAGCCCUGAACCCGCCGUCCCCCAGCAGCAGAUGCCCCCGUGCCUCACCACCCCCUACACCUACCACAGCGGAGUGGCCUACUUCCACUGCCCCAACAUGAGCCCUGCUGCUCACCACUGGCCUGCGGCCCAUCAGCUGAUGCUCCCUCAGCCCCAGCAGCCCGUCUACCAGCCUGCAGCCCAUCACCACUACCAGUGCGUCCCAAACCAGUAUCAGUGGAAUCCUGUCCAGCUGGCGAUGCCCUCCGGUGCAGCCGUGUGUUCCCAGCCGUCAGAUUAUGUUUACCAGCCGGCUGAUGGAGGCUCUGUCCAGAACCCUGUGGCCGUCAUGGAGGACGGAGCAGCAGAGGUGCCCCUUUACCAAGAACAGCUGACCAGUCCAGCUGAAUGA